UGCAUCCCUAUGUAAGCGUUGUGUAUGGCCCAGGUGAUCAAGAGCGCGUUGUACAUGUUUAUGCUACUUUUGGGAACAUUAAAUCUUACUUGCGCAUGAAUUAUGUAGAGGAAUCAAUGUGCAUGCAGCACGCGGAGAGCUGGUGUAACAGGAUUUGACGUUGUAGGGAUAGGACAUGCCCGGUAACUCACCUUCCAUCAAACACGUAUACAAGUAGCACUGGCACGAAACAUACCAAUGUGGGCAACUUGGGUAUUCCAUGGCUCCACCGUAGGGCCUGCAGGCUGGAUGUAUUAGCGUCAUGUGAAAUGUUCCUGCUGAUAAAUAAUAUCGGUAUAGUUAAUUAUCGCACUGAUCAAUACGAAGAUUGCUUUGUGAUAAAGAGGCAAUGUGGACCACUUCUUUUCAUAGAGAAUUAAGUCUGGAAUACCGUAGAUACUAGAGUCUCAUAAGGCCAGUGUACUAAUGGUAACUCUGUGUAGCUUUUGAUAUGGAGAUGCACUCUAUCGUUACCUGUUUGUAUGUUGUUCUCUGGAACUAGCGUUAUCUGUUUUGAACAGAUAUGUUUUGUUAAUUACUGAGGAUUGAUUCACAUAGAAAUGAAUUCCUGGUUUAUACAGAUUUCCAGAUUGUGCAUAGAUCGGCUCUGAAAGGUAACUUAGUAUUAAUGAAAAAAAAGUAGGUGGGAUUUAUUUCUCAAACAAGGAAAUCCAAAAAUUUACAAACUUCGUGUUUGAGUCCAAGUAUUCGACACGCUAUUGACAAGCCCUUCUAUCCUGUCAAGUGACUAGUAUUGUUGGGCAGACGGCCUCGGUUACCGUAUCUGAAUGCUUUAAGUAUGUCGAUGGAUUAGGCAAGCAUGCCUCAAACAGAACACGUAUUUAGUUCAAUUCAAAUAUACCUGAUGUGAUCAAAGACGGAUUUCGUUGAGAAGGAUACUCCGUUUUAUUUCGAUUGUCUUUAAUCAAGAUGACCAUCAACUCACAAAGGUUGUUUGAGAUUCAGGAACGUCUGGAGAAGCUACUGACAGAGAAGAAAGUUCUCAACUCCAAGAUAGUGGCUGAUUCUUUCAAGAAUUUCCAGGUACAGGUUACAAAGAUUCGAAACAGACAGCCUGCAGACAUCAAACCGGCCAUUCGACGACUAGAAAGUUCCCUGAAAACCGAAGGAGCCUACAAAAAUGUCAAAGCUGGAUUCGAAGGGAUAAAGUUAGAAAUCACAGAGGUCGUGGACCGAUCUGAGUAUGUCACAGACAAACCACCAACAAUCCUGACAUCACCAACAAAGGUUCCAGUUAAAACACGAGAUUCGCCACAAGCAAGUAAGAAACCUACUCCAAGGGCGACAACUGUGACGCUGUCCCACCAGAGAGACCGUGGCAAGCGCCAGGCUAUGCCUGGAAUACAGCGACCAGUUAUCAAGGAGGAGCCCAUCAGUCUGUCCCCUCGGACCACACAAACCAAAACACCAGCAUUGGAACAAAAGGACAAGGAUGGAAACGUGCUGUACCAUCAGGACAUCCUAUCCCUUAACAAGACGAUUUCUAAAUUGUUCAAUCAUCUUGCAAUCGAUAAACCGGGGACGACGGACCCACCCGCGGCCAAAGGUCAACAACCUGCAAAGGGUCAACAGAAAAUGACACCAUCUAGUCAGAAUAUUUCAGUUGCGGGGAAAGUGCUAAAACCAAGUUCUAAACGUGACGUAGAGGAUAUACAAGAACUUAUUAACAAACUCAAACUUUUUGAACAGGAACUGCAACGAAAACGGACGCAGGAACACGAGGAAAUACAGGCCCUUCAGUCAGAGCUGCAGAAAUUGAAAUCUCAACUCAAAGAACAAAACGGACAACUACAGCGCAUUCGAGGAACACACAUGAUAGCUAACAAGGCAAAGGGCAAACACGUUGAGCUGUUGGAGGAACGGCAUUUGACUGAAAAGAAGGACAUAGAAGAGAAACUCCAUGAACUUGAGAAAAAUAUAAAACGAAACCUCGAAGUGACGAGAGAAAAUGAUCAAAUUGAGGAGACCAAACAGGACCUGUUUAAACUGAAAAUAGAAAUCGAGAAGCUACACAGACUAGCUGAUCCUACUGCGGCAACAAACGACGAUCUGAUCACCCGGAAAGGUCGGACAAGGUUAAAAAUGACUGACGAAGACUACGAUAUCAGCGAUAUAUUACAUAAAAUGGCUGUCGUUCGCAACGAAAUGCAAGGAUUAAAGGAUUCCAAAGUGGCGCUUCAAAGGCAUGUGAAGGAGCUGGAUGGUCGGGAUUCGAGUUUUGGAGAAAUUGAAAAAGAGUUAGAGACAUUUUAUACCGAUGCAAUAUCCGAUUUAUCAGCGAUGGACAGAGAAUCUAACCUAAAUGGCGGAAAUGAAAACUUACGUAGAAAAUAUACACAGGAACCGAGUUCCAGCUCAGCAUCACCAAAAACGAAAAUGAGGAAACUGCAUACCCUAUAUUUAAAUAAGAGGAAGAAGUUAGAAGAUGCUGACAAAUCGCUUCGACAGUCACACCAGGAAUUUGACCUGACCAAAGCUCGCCUUGUUAAACUUAUAGACUCUGUUGACAAAGUGUACAGUGACGCAUCCCUCGACACCAGCACACAGCCUUCCUCACAGAGAAACCGCAACAGGGUGGGACUGGAGUUAUCGUCCUUGUCUGACAGAUCAGAACAAGAUGAUGAGUCCAAAGUGUAUGACCUCGCGAUGAUGCGAGUCAGUGAGCUUGCCGUGUGGACGAAAAAAUAUGAUAGCAUGUUACAGCAAAAUGACAAAGGUAUGAAGGAUUACAAAAAUGAUUUGAAAGUUUUACAAAGACACGUGGAUCGCCUUCACGAAGAAGUAGCGUCCACUGCUACGAGAAGUUUGUCAGACCUGAAUGCGACAGAGUCAGCCGACGUAAACGCUGUUUCGGAAUCGAACCAGGACAUAGUGAGGAAGCUCAUCCAAGUUGAAAAGGAAAUGAGAUUCGCAUUAGAUGAGCAUAUUAAACUGAAAGGCAAACUCAGGGAGUUCCAGAACACCGACAAUGUUUUGGCUGAUGUUGUCAUGGAAACUGAGGAGCUUUGUCGUCACCUUCAGGUCGACAUAAAGGACAGCGGCGAUGCUGGUGCUAAAGUGAAAACAAAUCUUACCGAAUGCCGCAUGGCUCUCCGGAAACUAAAAGAGCAAGAAGUGGAAAAAUUAAGGGAUGUAGAGGAAUUACGCAAAGACUCCAAUAAGCUUAUGGCGGAAGUCCAUAAGUUAUAUCUAUUCACGGAUUACGGCGUCGAAUCUCUGGAAUCACAUGAAGACAGGGAAACGGAUUCAACAGAUAAAAGAAAUGUCAGUAAAUUCCACGAUGCCACAAAGCAGCUCGUUGCCAUUCAUGAGCGAUUCACUGUUAUACGUAGCAUGAAGGCUGCACUACAAAUUGCUCUCAAUGACUUGGAGAAACAUGCCUCAUCAUCUCAGUCCGAUGCUAAGGACCAAAUGAUGAAGCUGAAUAUGAAGAUCACAGUCCGAGAACAGGAACUGAAGGACCAACACUCAGAGGUCAACAGGUUACGUGAUGAAGCCAAGCACGACAAGACGGAGAUAUCCCGUCUUCAACUCGAAGUGAAUGACCGCUUUAAAUCGACACUGACAGUAUCAGAUGAGGAAAAGGUCUAUCUGAGAAACAAGAUCGAUGAUGUACAGAGAAGGCUGGAUAUUGCAGAGAAAAAUCUAAACGAGGCGAUGAAGGAAAAGUACAACCUGUUGACGAGAUUGAGUGUUAUGGCCGGCGCAAGACUGACUGAUGAUAAUCCAGCCAUAUUUGACCUCAGUGACCCGUACAGACCAACUAAACUGGCGGAAAUGUUUUCUAGAUUGUAUGAUGAUGAAUGGACAAAUGCCUACGAAACCCUGAUGAACCAGUUUUCCCUGGAGGAGACGGAGGCGAUACAGCAACUGCUCUCUGUCGUUAUGGGGAGUUUCACGUUCUGUGAUGUGACUGCUCGGAGCCAGAUGAUAGAUGUCCAUAAGGUUUUAUUUAUGCUGCAUCAAUCUGAGACUUCCAAAACCAAAGUGGAGGAAAAGACACAACAGCUGUCUGCAGAGGACCGGAAACAGAUCAGAGACCUCCGAAAGUGGUGCGCUCCACAGGCGACUGACACUGUUGUCCAGCUUUAUAUUAAAGACGCCACAGAUAUGAAAUGGACAAAAGAACAAAUAGAUGCUUGUGAGCCUUACAUCAACAAGUGUGUUUCAUUGUGCUGGCUAAUGAACGUUCAAAGCCCCCCUGUUUACAUGUCACGUGAUGUUGAAUCCGGGGAUCCGUUUGACGAAACAAAGCACAAACACUACACGCGGAAGGGCACAGUGGUGGACUUUUUGGUGUGGCCGACACUUCAACUAACAAAAGAGGGUGCGGUUUUACGUAAGGGCGUCGUACAGACUAGACGCCAAAAUGAGUAGACAUUUUACGGGAGUUCGUAUUUUCGUAUGAUGAGAUUAAAGAAACCCUACACGUAACGGUGUACCAAUAAUAUAGUGCCAUGUCAAUGUUAAUCAAUUACAUGUACCUAUGCACAUGAAUGUCGACUCAUAUUCAUAAACUACAUAAAUACUCAACGAUAAGAAAAUGUCCUGAAUCUCUUAGUGUGAAUGUUAACUAUAAACUACGCAACGGUCAUUUGCUAGUAAAGGACGCUCGUUGCGUGCAAAUAGCGAGUAAAUGUAUACCGAUACCAUCCAUAAUAUAUAGCCUACAUCAUCAACAGUAUAUAAAACUACAUACAAGUUACAUAAAUUGCUUACUUCACUUAUUAUACUAUUAAAGGCUUGACGAUGGAUGUCUACCCAUGUAAAACAUCAAAAACGUUUACUACCAUUAUUUGCAACGAUAUUUCAAUGAUUGUUGAAUUUUAACCACAUUGGUGCAUUAGAUAUGAUUUAUAAAAAGCAUGCUUCUAUUUAAGAAAGACUUCCUUUUCCUUCAUUAAUGGAAAACUUUCAUAUUUUGUAACAAUUCGUAAUAAAUCUGCUAUCCUGACCACUAUCUCAGACGCCAUCCUUUUAUAACCCCAAAAAUAGCUUCUGUACAAAAAUCAACACACACGGUCAAUGAAUACCAGCACAAAAGAAACUGCACAAAGGAAUACUAAUUGUGGUAUUUAGGAAGACAACACUAUGGACUUAUAACCUCUGAGGCAAUGCAUCAAAUAGCUGUAUGUUAUAUAUAUAGAAAUAUUUACCAUUGCAUAGUAAUGCCACCAUAUAACUCUACCUAAUUCAGAAAACAAUCGUAUCAACCUUGAAUUUAAUUACCCCGGUUUUUGUUUUCGGUUGAGUUGCUCCUGCUAUCAGACAUUGAAUAACAACGGUUAAUUUGAAUCAUAGCAAUAAAUAAAUUCACCAAACAUUAUUGAAAAACAGUAAAUGGUCAAUAUAAGUAAAAUUGGGUGAUUUAAAAAAAAAAGCAAUAAAGAAAACGCUUACGCAAAAAGAUGACAUUUUUUAGUUGAAAUUAUUUAUUACUGUGGGAAAUUUACGGUUGACUAUCACACGAAACAAAAAUAUCCACGCAAAAUUGUGUUGAACCAAAAUAGACCAGUGUACAUCGUUUUUAUUAAUUUGCUUUUCUCUUAAUGCCUCUGGGCUUAUUUGUAAUUCAUGUGUGGUGCUUACAGAUUCAAUCUACUUCACUACUUACUACGAUUUGGUGGAAACCUUCACAGCAUGCGUAGCUUGUUUAAACACUUAAUUAUAAUAUAUAUAGUCAAAUCAAGGCAAAACUCCUUGUCAACAUAUGAUACCAUUCCAUGCACAUGGACACUCGUACAUUUUGUUGCAAUCGAUCAAUCAUGGGAGCGUCAAAAUUGUAUCCAUAUCUUCUUUUCUUUGUUUUAAUAUGGAGGCUUGCCAGUUCUGCCUGUACCUACAGAUAAUAUUAUGGUAGUAUAAAGAUGUUAGAUUGUUGCAUAUUUAGCAUUGUAAAUGUUCCAUUGCCUAUACAAUAGUGCAUAUGUCAGGCAUAUUUUACAUAUGUCUAGCAUAUGUGUACUGCAUAAAGCAUUGUUAUAUUCAGACAUGCCAAACACAAGAUUUCUUCUGGAUGAAAUAUGCAGUUUAAGCUUGUCACUAUCACAUUCCGUCCAUUCAAUACAUGUCUUUCAUUCUAAUAAAGGUUAAUGUUUAA